UGUCAUUUGAGUCGCUUGUAGGAGAAGUGACAACACUCUUUCAUUUUCAACUCAUUUUUAAAUUAAAUAACGCAAAUUCUCUCACUCAAUGAUGAAAGACAAGACUCACACUAAUUUAUUAGUUAAAUAUUAUUAAUUGCCUUCUUCUGGGCUCGUAGUUAGAUGACAGUGGGAUUGCAUAUCUAUUACAGUCUGGCGGCAAUCCCAAAACAACAACUAUUCAUUAACAACAAUCAUCACACUAAAAAUUGUUAUUUAUGUCCUUUUUGCAUUUUAGACAUGAUUUGUUGAAAAUUGUGUAUUAUUAACUUUUGUAGAGUAAAAGUAGAGAUAUUUCCAUAAGAAUAUAACGGGCAGCCCUGCUAGUAUAACAGUGCAGAGUGCAGAGUACAUAAUACAAAAUAUAUACAGAAAUAAUCAUUACAACAUUAAGAUAAUUAAGUUAAUUGCAUUAUUAAUUGUAUAAAAUGCUUAAUUCGGUAAAAAAAUUUAGAAUAUUUUUAAGGAAAAACAGUACCUUAAGUUCUAAUAAUAAGGGUUUUAAUGGUCAGUGGCCAAGGAGAGUAUUAUCAGGAGUGCAGCCAACAGGCGCCAUUCAUAUUGGAAACUACUUUGGUGCUGUUGAAAAAUGGAUAAAAAUGCAGGAUGAUGAAGAUGUUAUACUCGGCAUUGUUGACCUCCACUCUAUUACUCUGCCACAGGACCCGACGAAACUUAAGUCUUCAAUCCGAGAAAUGACAGCUGCCCUCCUUGCCUGCGGAGUAGAUCCUAAAAAAUGCAUCAUUUUCCAGCAGUCCAAGGUUCCUCAACAUGCAAUGCUCGGUUGGGUACUUGGAACACUGACAACUAUGACCAGACUCUAUCAUUUUCCUCAGUAUAAAGAAAAAUCCUCAGUUUUAAAAGAUGUACCGUUGGGUUUAUUUACUUACCCUGUCUUGCAGGCGGCUGAUAUACUUUUAUACAAAGCAACACAUGUUCCUGUCGGUGAAGACCAGGUCCAGCAUUUAAACCUUGCUCAACAUUUGGUUCACACAUUCAAUAACAAAUUUGGCGUUACUUUCCCACAGCCCGUUUGCAUUGUUGAUGACAAGUAUGGAAGUGGGAGGAUUAGAAGUUUAAAAGAGCCAGACAAAAAAAUGUCUAAAUCUCAUGUGAGCACUAGAAGUAGAAUUGAGUUAACUGACUCUGCAGAAGAGAUAGUUAGAAAAGUAAAAAGAGCUGUUACUGACUUCACUUCGGAAGUCACAUAUGAUCCAAUAGGUAGGCCUGGAGUUGCCAAUUUAAUAGAUAUACACUGCCUUGCUACUGGUAAAACCCGAGAAGAAGUUUGUAAUGAUUCAAAAGGAAUAGAUACUGGAAAAUACAAAUCAAUAGUUGCUGAUGCUCUAGUUAGCAAAUUUAUGCCGAUUAGGGGGGAAAUUUUCAGAAUCCUAGACUCUCCCGAUUACAUACAAAAUAUCCUUGAGAAAGGAUCUGAGAGUGCAAGAGAAAUUGCUGAAAGCACAUGGAAUGAAGUUGUACAAAAAGUUGGUUUGGACUCAUUUGUUAGCGAUGGACAAAAAGUAAUUUCAGUUGGACAAUAAUAAUAGUAUAAUAGUGAUUCAAAACAUUAUAAAUUAUUUUUUCCUCACUAAAGAACAAUCUGAUGGACAAAUAAUUGGUAGGAUAAACUUCUACAUAAAUUCAGACUAAAGAGGUGAGGUAAUGAUUUUCUGUCUGCUGUAAUGUAAGUUAUAUGACUGAUAUAAAAAUAUAAUAAAUAAAUUAUGGCAGUUA